AUGCAGCGUCAGGACCGCGAUGAGUUCCAGCGGCAACUCGCUUCGCUGCGAGAGCUUCUGUCCGGGGGGUUGCCUAUUGAUGAGGCUGUGCGUAAUGCAUUGCCUGAAGCUACAAGGGCUCUGAGCGCGGACCGUUACGGGCAAUCUGUCUGGUCACUUACGGCCAGGAUCAACGCCGUUGACAAGCACGGAAACCCAACCCCGUUUUUCCUCAAGUAUGUCCCCGGCGAGUUGGGCCAGAUGCAAUUGGAGGGAGAGUUUGCAGGCAUGACGGAGCUUCACAAGGUCGCCCCAGGCUUUGUUCCCCGGCCCAUCGGAUGGGGAAAGCUGAAGAGUGCAACCCCCCCAAGCUACUUCCUACUAGUCGAGUUCAAAGACUUUGCUCCCGCCCUGCCGGACCCCGUCAAGCUGGGCGAGCGCCUGGCGGCCAUGCACAGGAACAGUUCCUCCCCCACGGGCCAGUUCGGAUAUCCAAUCCAGACAUUUGACGGGAUGCGACUGCAGUCGGUCGGCUGGGACCCGAGCUGGACGUCCUUCUUCUCCAAGCUCCUCGCCGAGUCCUACCGCCAGGACACGGAGACCAACGGGCCGUGGCCCGAACUAGACGCCCUGUACCGCAAAGUGCAGUCCCAGCUGAUCCCGAGACUUGUCGGGGCGCUCGAGGCCGACGGCCGCAAGGUCGAGCCGGUACUGCUCCACGGAGACAUGUGGGACGGGAACGUCGGCACCGAUUCCAGCACGGGUGAUCCUUGGGUCUUUGACUGCGCUGCGUACUACGGCCAUAACGAGAUGGAGCUGGGCAUAUGGCGCGCGGAAAGGCACCAGCUGCGCGACGAGGUGUACAGGCGCGAGUAUCUGCGGAACAUGGAGCCUAGUGAGCCCAAGGACGAGUGGGAUGAUCGAAAUCGCCUGUACAGCGCCAAGACGAAUUUCAUGCACUCGGCGUGUUUCGCGGGGUCGCUGGCUCGCCGGCAGGCUUUCGACGAUUUUGCCUUUCUGCUCCGAAAGUAUGGCCGAGACGUUUCUGAUGUUCCGUAA